AUGAGCGGCAUGGUUUGGGGACUCUCGCAUUCCCUGCCGUGCUUCAUGGAGUCAGAAAGCAAAAGUUUCCAGCCCUGGAGAGACUACAUAGGACUGUCGGACACAAUCGGAGAGAUCCUGGGCCGGCACACGGCCACUGAGUCCCGACUACCAGCCUCCAAAGCGCCACUCUCAGAACCUGAUGGCCUGUGCGAGGCCCUGAUGUCUGUGCGCAUUAACGCAGUUUGCCAAAGCAGUGGCCUCGGGGCAGACUGUGCGCCAAGUCUCUGCGGGGAAUCGACGCCGCCAGGUACUUCGGCUGAUCAACGUCCGCCUGAUGGUUGGUGGUACGCUACAAACACCUUUCGUGCUGAUGCACCAGGCGCAGUAGAUUUAAAUCUUCUACCAAGACCGCCGGGCUCCCGUGGACCAAAAGAACGCAAGAAACCCACUCGUUUCAAAACUCCCGAACCACCAUUGUCUGCGUCACCUGAGCGCAUGUUCUGCAGUUUCUGCAAGCACAACGGGGAGUCCGAGUUGGUGUGCGCAUCCCACUGGCUGAAGAACCAGGCCGGAGAUGUGUUGUGUCCCUAUCUGCGGCAGUAUGUGUGUCCUCUGUGCGGGGCCACGGGGGCCAAAGCUCACACCAAGCGCUUCUGUCCGAAAGUGGACAGCGCGUACAGCUCCGUGUACGCAAAGUGCAGACGCUGA